AUGCUACGUUUUACAGUUUCUUCAAAUACAAAAAACAAAAACGUUAUAAAGAAAUAUAUAGCAUGUUCACUUAAAUCGAGAAAUAUUUACACAUCUUCUUUCAAACAAAUAUCCUAUGGAGAUAGAGAAAAUCGUGUUUUAAGUAGUAAAGAAUUAGAUUGUAUAUUUGGUGAACAUCAAAAAUUUCCAAAAUUACAAGAAAAACUUAAUAAAGUAUACCAAUUAUGGACCAGAAAAAGUAAAGUAGACAACAAUAAAUCCGAAAACAAUAAAGAUGAUGUACUUAAAAAAGAAUUUGAAAAGGCUUUUCAAGAAUUUAAAGAUAUGUUUUUUAAAACAAAGCCUUCUACUGAAGGUUCACAAGAAAGUAGUAACGAUAAAAAGCCAUCUUCUGACAAAAAUAAAUUUAGUGAGAAUGAUAAAAAUGGUAUUUUAAUAAUGGCAAUAGUAUUUCUUAUUGCCUGUUCGGUUGUUUAUUCAAAUAGAUAUAAGGAAAUAUCUUGGAAAGAAUUUGUUAAUGACUAUCUUGGUAAGGAUAAUUUAGAAAGAUUAGAAGUUGUAAAUAAUCAGUGGGUUAGAGUAAUCAGAAGUAAAAGUGAAUUUGAUAGUUCAAUACCUUAUUUUCAAAUAGGAUCUGUUGACUCAUUUGAAAGAAGUCUUUUUACUGCACAAGAUCAUUUAAAUAUAUCUUCAGAUAGACAUGUUCCUGUUUUAUAUAAAAGGGAAAUGGAUUGGAAAAAAGAAGGUCCAAAUUUAAUAUCUCUUAUUUUACCACUUGCUAUUGCUUUUUGGAUAUUUAGAGGCAUUAGAGGUAAAGGAAAGGGAAAAGGUGGAUUUCCAGGUUCACUUUUUGGAAAUGUUGAAGCUAGUAAAGCUAGAUUAAUUAAUAAAGAAGAUAUUAAAGUAUCAUUUAAAGAUGUUGCUGGCUGCGAAGAAGCAAAAGUAGAAAUUAUGGAAUUUGUAAAUUUCCUUAAAAAUCCUAACCAAUAUAAAAAUCUUGGUGCUAAAAUUCCUAAAGGAGCUCUUCUUACAGGACCACCAGGUACAGGUAAAACAUUACUUGCUAAAGCCACUGCUGGUGAAGCUAAUGUACCAUUUAUAACAGUAUCUGGAUCAGAGUUUCUUGAAAUGUUUGUUGGUGUUGGUCCUGCUAGAGUACGUGAUAUGUUUGCUAUGGCUAGAAAAAAUUCACCAUGUAUCUUGUUUAUUGAUGAAAUAGAUGCUGUUGGAAGAAAAAGAAGUGGUAAAGGUAGUAUGGGUGGUCAUUCAGAACAAGAAAAUACUCUUAAUCAAUUACUUGUUGAAAUGGAUGGUUUUAGUACUGAACAAUCUUCUGUUAUUGUUAUUGCUGCAACAAAUCGUGCAGAUAUGUUAGAUAGUGCACUUCUUAGACCUGGAAGAUUUGACAGACAAAUUUAUGUUCCUGUUCCAGAUAUUAAAGGAAGAUCAUCUAUUUUUAAAGUACAUUUAAGUGCUCUUAAAACAUCUUUAGAUAAAGUUGAAUUAGCUAGAAAACUUGCUGCUCAUACUCCUGGUUUUUCUGGAGCUGAUAUAGCUAACGUUUGUAACGAGGCAGCUUUGAUUGCUGCAAGAGAUGCGAAUGAAGAAAUAACAAUGAAAAAUUUUGAGGCAGCCAUUGAAAGAGUAGUUGCUGGUAUGGAAAAAAAAUCACAGGUGUUACAACCAGAAGAAAAGAAAACAGUUGCAUAUCAUGAAGCUGGUCACGCAGUCACAGGAUGGUUUUUGCAAUAUGCAGAUCCACUUCUUAAAGUUUCAAUUAUUCCUAGAGGAAAAGGUCUCGGUUAUGCUCAAUACCUUCCAAAGGAACAAUAUUUGUAUACAAAAGAACAACUUAUGGAUAAAAUAUGUGUAUUGUUAGGAGGUAGAGUUUCUGAAGAACUUUUCUUUGGUCGUAUUACAACUGGGGCUCAGGAUGAUUUACAAAAAGUAACUCAAAUGGCUUAUUCUCAAAUUGUUAAAUUUGGUAUGUCUAAAAAUAUUGGACCAUUGUCUUUUGAUACUCCACAACCAGGAGAAAUGGCUUUUGAUAAACCAUAUAGUGAAUCAACUGCUCAAUUAAUAGAUAAUGAUGUUCGUGAAUUAGUAACUUUUGCUUUGGAGAGAACAAGAAAUUUGCUUGUAGAAAAAAAAGAUGAAAUUGAAAAAAUUGCACAAAGAUUAUUAGAAAAGGAAGUUCUUAAGAGAGAUGAUAUGAUAGAAUUAUUAGGUAAAAGACCAUUCCCUGAAAAACAUACUUAUGAAGAUUUUGUUGAGGGAACCGGAGGUUUAGAUGAAAAUGUAGAAUUACCCAAAGGUUUAGAAUCAUGGAAUAAAUCAAAAGAUUAA